AUGAUUGACAUAGCAUUGGCUGAAUUUCGGGCAAUGUUUGAUACGGUCAUCGAUCACGUAUUAGACGAAUCGUUAGCCGACGAUAUUGACCAAACAUUGCGGUCAUCAUUGAAACAAAUGUACGACUAUGUUGUCCGUCGUCGGGAAUUUGACGAUUUUGCCGAAAUACUGAUUACCGCCUACAGUGUACUAUCGGAUCGAAAACCUGGCGACCGUCAGUUCGAGCCGCGGGUCUAUGCACUGGCCUGGGCUGUAGUAUUGACUACUGUCCACUUUGAUUUGCUGGGCGAUGUCAUGGACGGUACCGCGAGCCGCGAUGGACAGCCCUGUUGGCACACUUUGCCCGAUGUCGGUAUGUCGGCCCUUAACGACAGUACAAUCCUAUUGUCGGGUGCUUUCAAUAUAAUAGACAUCUAUUUUAAAGAUCAUCCAAAUUAUCUGAAUAUUGUUCAUUGCAUUCAACAAUGCAUUGAAAAAACAGCCCUGGGUCAAUUGAUGAACAUAAAAUCUACCCGUACUAGCAAUCACAAUGUCAAUUUGGAGGACACCUAUACAUAUGAUAGAUACAAAUUGAUCUACAAAUAUAAGGAUGGCCAUUUUGUUAUCAACUCAUUUUUGCUAGGUAUGUAUGCAUCGGGACGUAUAGCGUACGACCACUUGGACACUAUCGGCAACGUAUUGACCGAGUUUAACACAUUGGUCGUCAUAGUGGACGACCUGACAAAUUUGGACACCGAUGACAAUAGUAGUACUGAUAUUGCCGACGGUAAGUGCACCUGGCCGAUUAUCAAGUCCAUGCAAUUGGCCAACAAUAGUCAGCGUACAGUAUUGGAGGCCAACUAUGGCCGCGGCGGCGACGACCCGACAACAGGCGCUGUCCAACUGGUUAAGCAGGUGUACGACGAGCUGGAUAUCUGCGCUGAAGGCAAACGGUUUGUCAAACAGGAACUACAGAUAUUAAGACAACAUUGUUUGGAUAUAUCUGCCGAUGACUACCAAUUGAAACAAUUUUAA